AUGAUAUUAGGUUAUCUUUCAAUUUAUCAAAAAGAUUGCAAUACUCAAAAAUUCACUAAAAGUGUGUCCCCCAUAUUUAAAAACAAACAACUAAAGAUUGGAAGAAAUGCAGAUAUGUGUGAUAUAGUUAUUAGUAAUCCUGUUGUGUCUAAUUUGCAUUGUAAAGUAUGGGGAGUUAAAUUUGAUGAACAAAGCGUUCCCAAUGUUUAUUUACAAGAUGUUUCUUUGAAUGGUACUAUAAUUUAUGAAAAAGAUAAAAAAACCGCAUUCUUAAUCAAUAAAUAUCAAUUUAUUAUGUUAAAAAACAACGAUGAAAGUCAAUAUAUUAGUUUUCCCAAGUUGAAAAACUCCACUUAUUUAAAAUUUCAUAGCUUAAAGGAAUACAGGAAUGAUAAAUUAAUUGGUGCUUCGCUGGAUUUGUUUUUCGAAAACUUGCAGAUUGAACAAAAUAUUGAUGCCAAUUGGAAAAUUGUUCCCCAAAUUGUAGGCAGUGGCACUUUUGGUUUAGUUAUGAUUUGUGAAAGGACUAAUUCAAAAAGGGAAGAGAAACUUUUUUGUGCUGUUAAAAUUGUCAAGCACAAACAAAAUAUCAAAAUAUCAAAGGAAUCGCAAAUUCUUUUGAAUUUAAAACACCCAAAUAUCAUUAAUAUUUUUUCUACAAAAACAGAUGAAUAUGGUAAUAUUUACUUAUUUCAAGAUUUGAUAUGUGGGGGCGACCUUUUCUCUUAUUUAGCCAAAGGCAAUUGUUUAACUCCAUUGCCUGAAGACGAAAGUCUAAUUAUAGUUUAUCAAAUAUUAAUGGCCCUAAAGUAUUUACAUUCUAAGGGAGUAGUACAUAGGGAUUUGAAAUUGGACAAUAUUUUGUUAAGGACUCCUGAACCGUGUACUAAAAUUGUGUUAGCCGAUUUUGGAAUCGCUAAAGAUAUAGAAAAUAUCAGAACAAACAGAUUGCAUACCGUAGUUGGGACACCUGAAUAUUGUGCGCCAGAGGUUGGGUUUAGAGCUAGCAGGUCUUUGUAUAAGCAAGUUAGUAGGGCUACCACGAAAAGCAUUGUGGAUGAGAUUGGUUACAAUUACAAGUGUGAUUUAUGGUCAUUAGGAGUUGUUACACACAUUAUUUUGACUGGGAUUUCACCCUUUUAUGGUGAUGGAACAGAGAUGUGUAUUAUUGAAAACGUGAAAAGCGGUAAAUUAAACUUUUCCUUAGCACAAUGGUCUGUUGUUAGUGUACAUGCUAAAAAUUUUGUUUCAAAAUUAUUGAAUGUAAAUAUUGAAGAAAGAUUGACCAGUCAGCAAGCUUUAACACAUUUAUGGAUUAGUAAGCAUAGAGUAUAUUUAGAAGAAAUUUAUAAAUUUAAGAUUCUAGCUGAAGAAUAG